CACGUUCCAUGCAGGUAGAUAUUUCGAGCAACUCCUCGAUUUGGAAGCAGAAGUUAUAUAAUCAGAGAGAUGCCGCGUAGAGCGGCACUAUGACUUUUAGGCGAGCGGUCGCGCGGUAACAUUUGCAGAUUAAUUCCGUUUCUUGUUGUUUCUUUUUACUUUCAAAAAAAUGAUAAUAAAAUUGUCGCUCGUGAUAGGUAGCGAAUCUUUCGCGACGCUUGGAAACGUCGUUGAAAUUGACGUUAAUAAUGCAGGAAACUGAAAAUUGCAAGAAAGCUAGUAAAUCAGUGAAACGCCAGAUUACGGCAAACCCGUCAUUACUGUAUUUCUCUUUCUCUGGCAAGCGCACAAAGAUAUUGGAGCAUGACACUUUCAAUUGCGCCGACGCUCCGCACUUGCGAAACCGAGAGACUCGGAAGUUAAUUCCGCAAUCCAGUUUUUUUUUUUUUUUUUUUUUAUGUGCGCUCUCUGCUGUAACGCGAUUUCAAAUGGCAAAGAAAUUCAUGGCUUCUAAACUUAUUAUUGGAUUACGUACUUUUAGAACAUUUGAUUGCAGUUCGAGAAGCGAUGAAUAUAUAUAUCGAUGAGAACACACAAACUACUUGAUAAAUUAUUAAUUCUUUCUUUCAGAUAUAAUCGGAGUUUCAUCACCGGUUAUUUUAAUAACGCUGUUCGACCUCGAGCUUUCUUCGUCGAUCGUGUUUUUAUCAUAGUUUGUUUUUUUUUAAAGGAAUGUGUUUAUUUUCAGCCACACUAUAUUUUUCCAACACGUUGUCGGUUUCUUUUACAACACACACAUGCGCACAUAUAUGUAUAUAAGAACUUACAUGUAAUUCAUUAUUUAUAACUUGGUACUGUAAUCUAAACAAAUGUAAAAUUCCUAGAUUUUAUAAAGCAUCUAAAAAUUGAAGAAAGAGGGAAAAUCAAUUGCAUUAUUAUUUUGGUGUGUGCACACACAUAACAGUUUCUUAGGAAAACAAAAAAAAAAAAGUACAUCACUACAAAGUUGCGCACAUAUUGCUGCGAAAGUAGUUUAAUAGCAUUUUAAUCGCUAUAUAAAUUAAAUUAAAAAAAUAUUUUACCUCGAUCAGGUGCAAUCUCGUUGAUUGCUCGUCUCGAUCGUUUUUGCAUUCUUUACCUGUUCUAUUCACAAGAAGUAAAAAAAACGUAGAAUCUGAGCAAAAAGACUCGAGUCAUCCGGUCACAUUAAAUGUCAGAUGCAAAUAUACAUCAGGCCCGCAGGUCUAUUUAUUUCACCUGCCGUUUUGUUGCGCGAUUUUCUCUUCUUUUCUCUUUUUUUUGAUUCUACCGUCGAUCCCCGAUUUUAUUUCAAGUACAGGAUCUACGAUUUAAAAAAAAAAAACAAAAAGACACGCAGCGCAAUAUUAAAAAGAAGAGAACAGUCUUGAUGCGCGUUGUUGCAAAAAAUUGUUGAACAUGAAAGGGAGAGAGAGCACGGGAGUUCCUUCCUGGGGCCGCAGACUCUGAACCGUAGACGAUUGUGGUCGUUGAAUGUCGAUAGACGGUUCGCGGUAGCGCUCGCGGAGCGCUCGCGUUUCAGUUGAGCAAAAUGGCUGACUAUAAAGAACGAGAUUCAUAUUAUUCCCAGACUGAUCUGCGCUCGAAAAAUGAUGAUCCGCCGAAUUCACGAUUAUUCGUUAUCUGCCACAAGAGUCUGGAGGAGGACGACCUCAGGAAAGCGUUCGAGAAGUUCGGCAAAAUCGAAGACAUUUGGGUGGUCAAAGACCGCAACACGGGUGAAAAUAAAGGCGUUACGUACAUCAAAUUCUCCAAAACGUCAGAGGCAGCUUUUGCACUGGAAGAGAUGAAUGGCAAGAUGCUGGGUUCCGUUGGUAGACCUAUCAAAGUAAUGAUCGCCUCCAACCGGGAUCAAGGUUCGGUACGCGAGACAAAUGAGGAAGAGAGGUGGGUUCGUUUGUUCUGUGUAUUGCCAAAAUCAAUGACUGACAGUGAGCUGCAACAGGAAUUCUCAAAAUUCGGUCCAAUUGAGUACGUAACUGUGGUGAAAGAUCGCCUUACGAACGAGUCGAAGGGUUUUGGUUAUGUGAAGUUUAAAAAGGUGUCCAGUGCGGCACGUGCAUUUGAAGAAUGCGACAGAAAGUACAAAGCGGUAUUUGCAGAACCAAAGAGGCCAAAACCCGAUCACAACGAUGUGAAGUAUAACAACGGCCUCUCCGCAGCGUACAGUGACAGUGGACCUUCUUACAUCUCGUCAAACUUCAACAAGAGUAGCAUUAGUUUGGAAAUUGCAGCAAAUUAUCCCAAUCCCGAUGGUUACACGCGUCUGCAGGUGAUUGCACAUCCGGUAUUGAAUCAGGAUCAACUGUGGAAGUUGUUUGAUAUAGUGCCCGGUAUGGACUAUUGCCACUUGAAGCCAGAUACGAGAUACAGAAUGCCGUACAGAGGUCAGGCUGUGGUCGUGUACAAUAAUCCAAGCGCAGCAGCGUACGCGCGCGAAAAAUUUCACGGUUUUGAAUAUCCACCUGGUCAUCGGAUGAUUGUUAAGCCUGAUUUGACAAGCGCGCCACCGAAAAACAUGUUAAAACCCAGCGGCUCAACGGUCGGCAAUGUUGCCAAUGCGAAAACAGACUUGGCACAUCUCGCGGAAACUAUUGCUCAAGCUACCUCGUUAAUUCAAGCUGCGGGAUUGACAGCACCGAGUUUAGAUCACUUGUGCGUCAACCACAAGUUACCACCGGUGCAACCAAUGGCAAGUAUUGACGCCGAAGUGGCCAAGAGGUGUUUCAUUGUGUGCGGGCCGCCGGUGCCGCCUAUUCACGCAAUGAAAGACGCAUUUUGUAGAUUUGGAAAUCUCAUAGACGUAUAUAUGUUACCUGGAAAGAAUUGCGGUUACGCGAAAUAUGCCACAGAGUCCAGCGCAAACGAGGCCAUUGAGGUCUUACACGGACAAGAAAUUUGUGGUUCUCGGUUAAAAGUGUUAGAGGCGGAAGAACGAAAUGAGGAUCGUCGAAAGCGGCUUCGUAUGGACGAAGAUGAAAAUUAGACGAGUUUGAUAAGAAUGCGUAUAUCACUGACUGGUACACACAAGCCGGACGCACGCAACAAAAAGAGACGAAUUUAAAGACUACUCACUUGACCACGUCAAGGGCCUGCAUCCAGGGAUAACUGCUCCAACUACCUACCUAUAUAUAUUUAACUGUUUGUUUUACGUUCGCGCAACUUUAACUACAUUACUGAAACGUUGAACUACUACUUUACUACUUUUUGUCCUUACAUGUUCGUUGAAACAUUCGUUCAUACACAAUUACAUUUGCGCGCGCAAACGUCCCGUAUUUCUAUUACUUUAAGAGGCCUGUGCGAACGGUUGAACGAUUGAUAGUUUUUUUUUUUUUUUUGCUGUGCGAAGAAGCGUGUAGACCGCGAAAACAUCCUUUUCCGAGUGCAUUUUUUAUUCCCUCUAAAUAGGACUUUGCAAGAAUCCGGGAAAAAACAAACCGCGCCUUUAUCUUGACGUAUGAGGCGUAUCAGUCUACAUCCCGAAUCAAUCCUUGCAAGAUUAGAUUAGAUUUUUUUUUUUAAAUCUAAGUUUUAUUUUUUUCAUUUAGGGCUAAGUAUUCAUUUCUUGUAGAAUAAAGACUGAUUUGCAUACAGACGUUCCGUAUCCGUGCUGUAUCCAGGUCGGAGCUACAAAAAACUAGUUAUUCUUCAAGAAAUUGAGUUAAAAGGCCGAUCCGAGCAGUAAAAUACAAGUUGGUCGUGUAUCACAAAAAGUCUUUAUUAAAUAACACAGACGUUUCGGUCACUUG